AUGUCCAAGAAAUAGCAGCCGGUAGUGGGUCUCUGCAAGGAGGACAACAAGUUCAAAGAGUUCCCCGCCGAAGACUGGACUGGUUUGGAUGAGGAUGAAAAUGCACAUGUGUGGGAGGAUAACUGGGACGAUGACAGUGUGAAGGAUGACUUCUCCAGUCAGCUGCAAGCUGAGCUGGAGAAACAUGGUUUUAAGAUGGAGACUUCAUAACCCUCAGAAGUGUUGAAGCAACCUGAACAAACUGUUAA